AUGUUUGUGAAUUAUGUUGCGUCUGAAAACGGGACUAAGCCGUUAUCGUCCGAUCCAAAGUCCGAUAAAAGCGAGCCCUUCCAUCAGAUAGAAACAAACAUCAUCAACUCCACCACCAAUGCCUAUCCGAUGGAGGCGAAGACUUCUGAAGACACCACGUUGGGCGCCUCCACCACCAGUAAUGUUGCACUAAUGUCGGCAGCGGCUCAUGAUCCGUUGAUCAAAAUAGAAACUCAUAAGGAUGUCACCAAGUUCAAGUACCAGGGGAAACUGCGGUCAGGGUGUAUAACUUGUAAGUCUCGUAAGAAGAAGUGUGAUGAGAGCAAACCUGUUUGUGGUGACUGUGCCAGAUUGAAAAUAGAAUGUAUUUGGGAACACAGUAACAUGUCUGCUGAAGAAGUACGUGCUAUUAAGGAGAAACUAUCAAACACCAUCAAGCUACGGAAGAGGAAACCGGCUUCAGAUUCAAUUCAGACCCAGACUCAGACUCAGACUCAGACUCAGACGCCGUCUCAACCUUAUUCGACCAGUCAGUUUCAUAAUCACAAGCAUCAAGAGUCUUCCAAACGAAUAAAGUCUGACCUCUUCGACGAACAACAAAGAAGAACUUAUGGAGCUUCUCCGGAUAUAAUUAAAGGGGCUUCUUAUUUGUCUGCUUCAGAGAGUUCUAUUGGUUCCCAUAUUCCUAGCACCAAGAUAACUACUUCACCUCCUGGCUCUGGUUCUGUAUCGUCUCCUCGGUUCCCUAGCGAUCUCAUAUAUCCUUUAGGUGGUUCUCCCCAUAUGCUUAACACCUAUGGAGUGUUUGCUGAGUCUUCGUCCCGAAGCACCACCUCCGCAAGAGAGCCUACUCCGUUGUCUCUUGAUGACCACAGGACGUUCUCCCAGAGAAGUAGACCAUUACAGAAAGAAGAAGAUCUUCGACAGGGUACAGCACCACCACCAGCCGCUGCUUCUGCUACACGACAUACUCUUCCCAAGCGAACUGACUACGAUAUACUGCAACAAAACUUGAGCAAACUAACGUCCUUAAACGCCCCAACACCACCUACUAUGGACUCUCCAAACACAGCACCAUUCAUGGAAGUAAGUCCAACUUCACAAUCUUUACAAUAUUCCCAACCAAGUGUUCAAAAUCAACAUGGUUAUAAUAAUAAUAAUAAUAUGGACCUCUAUCGAUACUUUGGUGACAAGUCUGUGCCUACGACUCCUAGUGCGUUCUGGUCUUUACUAAAGGACCUCUCCACGCAGAAACAGCACUCCAAUAAGAUCCAUUUUGUUGAUGAUGAAGGUAAUCCUCUUACUAGAGGUGAGGAUAAAGAUACUCAUGAUUUAGACUCCGAACCAGCUCCAUUGUCUGGAGAGUUUGAUCACAACCAACACCUUCAAGAGCUCAAGAUGUUUGAAGAGCAUCUGAACUUACACUUUAAACAAAGCAAUAAUAAUAAUCAAGGUGAUGAGAUUGUUUCAGUUGUAUCGAGAGAUAAAGACGUUGAUGAGUUAAGUAUUUUUGAUAUCUUAAUGAAGAACCAACACUUUGCGGAUUCAUUCAGUAACAUCUUCACUCCACUCCAUUACCAAAGUGUUCCAUUAUUUGAUAAUAUGCCCAGGAAUUCCAACUACUUGUACAAUUAUUAUGUUGAAGUUCUUUCCAAACGAGUUUCCAUUGCUCCAACAUCCCAGAAUGAAUCCAAUUCUUAUCAGAAGGUAUUUCUUCCGCUUGCCCAUGCAGAUAAGUCUGUAUUUUAUGCAAUUUUGGCGUGGUCUUCGUUCCAUUUAGGAGGUGAUUGGAUCCAAGAGGGUAACAAGUUCAUUGAAUUGGCUUUAAGACACAUGGUGGAUUCAGGGAACUCCAUAAAUUAUAAUGAAGAACAAUUUAGAAAAUUGGAUCGAAAUUCGGUGGUUCAUCAGUUUGCUACGCUUUUAAUUCUUUGUGGAGCCGAGAUAUGUAGAGGAGACAUUAGAAAUUGGUCUGAAUAUUUGAAAUGGACUUCUAAGUUACUUCGAGCUCAAGGUGGUAUACUUAAUUUCAACAGAACUAAAGAGGAACACUGGUUAAUCUCAAAUUUUGCUUAUCAUGAUGUUCUAGCAAGUUCCAGUACCGUUAGAGGGACAUAUUUCCCUCUGGAAACCUAUGAAUUGGUAUUUGAAGAUCGUGAGGGCCAUUCCAAAGGUAAUCUUAAUCCAUUAUUGGGUAUUUCCAAGAAUUUAUACCGAAUUAUUGGUAACAUUAGCACUUUGGCUUAUGAAUCGUCUCAACAUCUUCAAGCCUAUUACAAUCGAGAUAUACCUAAUGAUGUUGAUGCUUCUGAGUCUUAUUCAGCCAUAGCUGGGGGGACGAAACUAUCAGAUGAUUGUGGUGUUGAUUAUCCAGUGUCUCUAGAAGGUGAUGAACUUGAUAGCCAAUCGGAUGCAAGUGAACAUACUCGGAUCAAUAGUUUACUUACUGGAGUGCUUAAUCGUGCCAAAGAACUUGAAAAGGAAAUCGAUGUUGCCAAACCUGAUUCCAAAGAUCUUAUUGCCUUGACUGAUGAAGAACUUGAGUUACAACUUACAUUGUUUGAAUCGUUUCAAAUAAGUACCAAACUAUUCCUUAGACAGCUGAUCAUGAAAUGCAAUCCUUCGGCUUUGGAACUGCAAAUCCUAAACAAUCAUUUGGUUAAAUGUAUUGAUAUUUUACUUGGAACUCCAGUAAUGGCAUCGUUGGUGUUCCCGGUAUUUAUUGCUGGUAUCCAUUGUGUCACACAACACGAUAGGAAGCUAAUGGCCAAUAGAAUGGAGGCAUUUAUGAAGCUAUAUGGAGAGUGGAAUAUUAGAAGAGUUAAAGAUGUCAUUGAAAGAGUAUGGGAAACUAAUCCUAACGGUGAUAAUGUUGUUGAUUGGUUUGCCAUUUUGAAAGAGUUGAAAUGGGAUAUCAAUUUUGCUUAA